AUGGCAACGGAAAAUGGUGGCAGUAAUUCCGAGGUAUUGGAAACGUGCUUGGUGUUGGGAGGCAGAGGAUUCAUAGGCCGAGUGCUGGUGGAGAGGCUGCUGAAACUCGGAAAUUGGAUCGUCCGAGUCGCAGAUUACAAUCAGUCUCCCCAACUAGAGCCCUCUGAGUUGCUUCUAUCCGAAGCAUUCUCCUCUGCUCGAGCCUCUUAUUUCCAUGUUGAUGUUCGGGAUAAACCGCAGAUCAUCAAAGCUAUGGAAGGUGUGUCAGUUGUAUUCUAUACUGAAUCUAUGGUUUCAUUCCCUCGAGACUUCUUUUCUUGCUAUAUAAUUGUUGUUCAAGGUGCCAAAAAUGUACUCAAAGCUUGUCGAGAAUGUAAAGUUAAACAUCUUAUAUACAACAGUUCUGCUGAUGUAGUUUUUGACAGUUCACGUGAUUUAUGUAAUGUAGAAGAAUCAUUGCCAUACCCUAACCAUUUUGAGAACAUGGUCACUGACCUUAAAUCUCAAGCAGAGGCAAUGGUCUUAUUUGCAAACAAAGUUGAUGGUCUUUUGACUUGUGCACUUCGUCCUUCCAAUGUAUUUGGACCUAGAGAUAAUCAACUUAUGCCAUCACUUAUCAGUAUGGCAAACUCCAGCUGGGCCAAGUUUAUUAUAGGAAGUUGUGAGAAUAUGUCAGACUUCACCUAUGUGGAUAAUGUUGCCCAUGCUCAUAUCUGUGCCGAAGAAUCUCUAAGUUCUCAGAUGGUUUCUACGUCUGGAAAGGUCUUUUUCAUCACGAAUCUUGAACCCAUGAAGGUGAGGGAUUUGGUACCUCUCAUAUUGGAGAGCUUUGGUUAUCAGAGGCCUAUUUUCAAUCUUCCUGCUUGGAUGAUUCACUACCUCUUUUUGUUUGUGAAGCUUACACUCAUGAAAUUGAACUUUGGAAAGAUUGAGCGAUGCAUGUGGGUUUACGAUGUUGCUAAAUUAGUUUCACGCACAAGGACAUUUAACUGUUCUGCAGCUGUGACACAUCUUGGAUACUCACCGGUUGUUUCCUUGGAAGAAGGUGCUGCUGCGUUAACUGUUGAUUCGCCUUUGAGGAGAUACAAUGACCCUGAUGAGCAAUCGAAAGUAGAUAAGCUGUUAGGCAGUGGGAAAGUUGCAGAUAUUCUGCUGUGGAGAGAUGAGAAGACAACAUUUAUCUGUUUCCUCUUGCUUACUCUGCUUUAUUAUUGGUUUUUCCUUUCUGGGAGGACAUUUAUAACUUCAGCUGCUAAGCUUCUGAUGAUGAUUACUGUUUCGCUUUGUGGAUAUUGUAUGCUACCAGCAAAUAUAUGUGGAUUCACAAUUCCUAGAGUAUCAUCAACUUGUUUUCAAGUCUCAAAAGUUGAUAUGAGAAAUUCCUUUUUGGCCAUGACAUGUAUGUGGAAUGAACUGAGUCUUGUAACAAGGUUAUUGGCCCACGGAGAAGAUUGGUGCACUUUCUUGAAGGUAUCAUCUUUCUUCUACUUCAGCAAGUUGAUUGUUCCACAUUUCUUGACCAUGGCCAUUGGCAUAGCGUUAGUCAUUGCAUUCACGUCGUUCUUUGUGUACGAGCAAUAUGAGGAGGAAAUUGAUGGGAUGGCAAAGGUUGUAAUCAACCGUUUGAGGAAGGCCAUGAUCUCUUCUGCAAGGAAUCUACCAGUGCCUUUGACCUCAGUUUUACCAGAUUGUGGACCUUUGAAAGAGAAGAAAUCUUCGUGA